AUAUAUAUAUAUAUAUAUACAUACAUACAUACAUACAUACAUACAUAUAUACAUACCUACAUAUGUAAGAUUUAUAUUGCCACAAAUUACACUACGUGAACAAUCGUGGAAUAAACGGAACAAUAGUGGAACUGUUAGAUUCUUCUGAACAAUGAAUGCGAUUAUCUACAUAUCGAAUCGACAGAGAAAUGAAAUUUUAAUCACAUCGAUAACGAAUAAUUAAAAAUUCUCAAACGUUAAAGGGUAAUAUAAUUAUUAAUGAAUUAGAGAUAGAGAAGAAGAAGAAGAAGAAGAAGAAAAAAAAAGGAAAUAUCACAAGGAAGGAACAAAAAAAGUAACAGUUGGAUUGGCAUACUCGUCGUCGCUAGUUUAUUUCGUUUAUCUCAAAGAAAGUAUGUAUUUACUAUAAUGAUCUAAGCAAUGUGAGGAAGAAGAAGAAGAAGAAGAAGAAGAAGAAGAAGAAGAAGAAGAAGAAGAAGAAGAAAAAGUAAAAUAAAAAGAAGAAGCACGAUCUCGACGAGGCCGAGAACUCGAACACAAACCACGAAGGAGAGUACAAACUCGGCCAAUAUCUCGGUCAAGGUGAUCAUUUCAAACUGAUCUUAUCUCUUCUGUAAAAGCAAGAUCGAAGCGCAGGAUGAUAAAUAAAUCAAUAUUUAUAUUAUCAUAUAUCUUAUAUUAGCUUAAAAUUUACUAGGACUUAUUUGGUGUCAUAAAAUAUGUAAAAAAUUUGAUAAAUUCUUUAUCUUUAGAAUCGCGUCAUAAUUAUCUUAAUAUUAUCAUUGUUAAAACAAAUCGAGAAUUAUUCUCCAAGGAGCUAAUAAUAAAAAAAAAAAAAUUCCUUUGUGCGACACCAAUGUCUGAUAACGUUUAACGAAUGUUACGAAUUAGGAUUGGAAUGAUGAUUUAACAAGCAAUUAGGAAAGAAAAAGAAAAAUUAAAAAAACAUUGGAACGUGCUUGGAUUUAUAAGUUUUUUAACACACGUUAAGCUCCUGUAUAUGUACAUACGUUGAGUUUAUUUUUACUUUAUUGCGUUUAAAUUUAAAAAUUAUCAUCCAUAACGAAAGAAUAAGAGAGAGGGAGGGAGAGUGAGAGAGAGAGAGACCAUAAUUUUACUUCACAAUAAAAAUAACCAUUUAUGUUUAUUUUAAUAUGGAAUAAUGAUUAGUCAUUGUUUUCACCUUUGAUCGAUUACGUUUCUUUCAAUGAAAUCUUAACGACACAUUGUACGACCAUUAUAUGACCGUAUUGAUUAAAUUCUACAAAUAAUUGGUAUUUGUAUAAAACAGUUGUUCAGAACUAUUCCUUAGAGCAGUUUCUUUGGACGUUGUGUUGCGAUAAAGUAAAUAAAACUUCCCCUUAGAUAAAGUCACUCAGGAUAGGAUCAUCGUCAUAUUCUGAUGUCGACAGUAUCAGUUUGUAACUCUUACGAGAGAGACUGUUCGUUUCUACGCUUGGUCAUACAUCUGGGAUAGGAUUUCCUCUUUUCCUUCUUAUUCUUCUUCUUCUUCUUCUUCUUCUUUUACUUCUCCUACCUCUCCUUCUACUUUUCCUUCUCCUUCUCUUCGUAAGAUCGAAGAUUAAAUCCUGCCAAGCGAACUUUCUCUCGUACGACGAUUACCUUCGUGAUUUCUUCGUGAAGAUAUUUUAACUUCGUUGGACCAAUUCGAUUUGUUCCUCUUUCAUUUUUAUUUUUGAUAUCAUCAAAUUCACGAGAUGUCAGAAAACAGAAGUCAUGUUGUUCUAGAGAGAGAAGAAAUUUUAGAAGAAAGACGUAUCGGAAGAUAUCUCCGAGCUAUUGCCAGAGAUAAAUCAUUGCAUGAUCCAAGUUAUCAAGUAACUCGGGCAGUCAACUCUGGUGACAAUUUUAUUAGCGAUGUUUAUCGCGUAAUAAUAGAAGGUGCAAAGAAUAAAAAAAUGGAGAGUAUCCAUUUGAUCGUAAAAUGUGCUCCUAUUGAUUUGCGAAGGGAUUUCAUCAAAGUUAGGAAGAUGUUCCUUCAGGAGAUUUAUUUUUACAAGGAAAUUUUGCCUAUUUUCAACAAUUUUCUACGUAAUUACAAUAUGUCCAUUGACAAUAUUCCUUUAAUGUACAAAUACUCGGACACUGAUAAAGACGAGAUAUUAAUAUUAGAAGACUUGAAAGUAAAAAAUUAUGUUAUGAAAGAAACAAAGUUUCUUGAUUAUCCACAUGCUCGAUUGGCCCUACGUUCUCUCGGAAAAUUUCACGCAUACAGCUUUGCAAUUCGAGCUAAGGAUCCUGAAGCUUUCAAGAUAUUAAAGUUGAUAAAUGAACCCUUAUUUUAUCGUGAAAGUAGUAGAUCUAUCAAUCAAGAUAUGCAUGCUCGUACGAAAACAUUGUGCGAUAUUGUUGAAAAGUCUCUAGAAAACGAAGACAAACAUUAUCAAGAAAAAUUCCGUAACUUUGCUAAAAACAUCUUUAAUAUUAUGAUUGAAAUAGUUCAGGGAUCUAACGCUGAACCUUAUGCCGUUGUAAAUCAUGGUGAUGCUUGGACAAAUAAUUUUUUGUUUAAAUACAAGGAGAAUGAAAGAACUUACGAACCGGAGGAUCUUUGCUUCCUCGACUUUCAAAUCUGUCGUUACGCAUCGCCUGUCUUGGACAUAUGCUAUACGUUAUUUUGUUCCACCCUAUACGAGAUUAGAAACGAAAAUUACGACGAACUACUUCGAAAUUAUUAUGAUUCCUUUUCUAAAUGUCUUGAAAGCUUAGAUUGUAAUCCUAGAGAAUUAUUUCCUUAUGAAAUAUUAUUGGAACAUAUUGAACGUUUUGGCAAAUUUGCCGCUGUAAUGGCCAUACACGUUUUACAUCUUUUCACGGAUCAAGAUGAGAAUAUUACUUUGAGUGUCGAUAUUAAUGUCUAUUAUACAAAAUUGAAAAAGAAUAAUUUUUAUAGGAACACGUUGACAAAUACAUUUAAAGAGUUCAUAGAUAGGAAUAUUAUAUAGAAUUAUUUUAUGUACGUACAAUGACGUUGAUAAAGAAAUCGAUGUUUUUAUUUUUCUUAGACAUGUAAUAAUUAUAUUGAUUUUUAUUAUAUAUAUAUAUAUAUGAGAUUUUAAUAUUUUCUCAAUGAAUUAUUGUAAAGUAUUUUUUUAAAAAAUAGAGAUCCUGAAAUACAUUGACGUUGUAUAAUACAAAAUAAAUUAUAAUUAAUAAAGAUCCAAAGAUAUAAUA